UGUUCAAUUUUAAGAUUAAGAAAAUGAACAAAAGCAUUGCUUUUAUAAUUUUUCUCGUUAUAGUAUCUGUGGUGCAUACUGGCCAGCAUAAUUCAAAAAAGGAGCAUUCGAAGUCGAGCAAAAGCGCGCGAAUUAGGAAUGACAUUUUUGAGAAUUUAUUUAUUGUCUAUGAUCCCACUUUUUUGUCGUUGGUUUGGCCGAAAAUAAUAAACGGAGUGCAUGUGAACGUUGACCAUGAGUGCUGGGAUGACUUGAGCACGCUUUACAAGGCGCUCGUGGAAGGCCGGGCUUGGGCAUACAGCACCGUUGACGCAUCAGGAAGGUAUCAGUCGGGUUUCUUUCAAGGAAACCGUCUAUGGCUCGGAUCCAAAGACCUUUGUUUUCGAUUGGACCAGAAACAUGUAUCGAAUGCUGAGCGAUAUCGAGUCAACGGAUUUGUCCGACGAGAAAGAGAUUUCAAUGAUCAUUCUCACGCGUGGCCGAGUUAUGAUGGAAAGCAAGCAUUGACACAAAGUGCAUAUCUGGACGACGUGCCCUCACAUCGACUAGCAUACAUUGCUGUGGAGAUCUCUCUUAAUAUUACUAAAUUUAAACUCCCAAAGCCAUACGAUAUAGUUCUUGGUUUAUGUUUGCCUCGCUCCUGUUCACCCGAGGAUGUAGAAUCCCUCGUUAACUUCUCAAUAAUGCUAAACGACAAUCUAAAGUCUAACGGAACGAUACCCAGGUCCGUUAAAAUCACCUCUUUAAGGCAUAUUGAGGAGUAUUACGAUGUUAAAUAUGACACUGGAGCAGUUCUUAUAAUUCUCGUUACAAUAAUACUAGUAGCACUAGCAAUUAUAGCGACUAUUGUCGAUUAUGGUUUCAUUAAUUGUAUAAAAAAACAGACAGGAACAUUAACUAUAGAUAAACAUAAAUAUGAUCUUAAUAAACAGAGAUAUGACGAACAAAUACGCAAGCAAUGCGAACUAGUACAAGUUUUUGUUGAUUUAAAAAAAGAAAAAUCAACAAAUAACAAAGAUAGUGGUAAAUUUAAUAAAGAAAUGCUCAAAACUAUGAAUACAGAAGCGAUAAAGAAAGUAGUAAAGGGAAACGAGGUUCCGAAAUUUACGUUAGAUGUAAUGGCAGCACAGAGACAGUUGGCAAGUUGCAAGCGAUGUGGGAAGUAUAGGAAACAAAACGUACAGCCAAAACCUAUGUCUACGUUGCCUGCGUGUCCCCGACAAUACAACACAUGCGCCAGUCUAACCAACACGGAAUACAGAAAAAGAGAUAGUCUCUUUUUAAAUUUGCUUCUGAGUUUCUCUUUAAAACAUAACGUCAAAAGAAUUUUUAACACAACAAUGGCCAAUCAAGACCUAGCUGUGGUGCAUUUAUUAAGGAUUUUUUCAACAUUUUGGAUAAUAUUUAUACAUGUAUCUAUGCUAGUGAAAUAUCUUACAGAGAAUCCUAAUGAUGCUGAUGGAUGGAUGGGAAGUUAUCCUGUUCUGACAACCGGAACUUUGGCAUUUGAUACAUUAAUAUUUGUAAGCGGCACAUUUAGUGCACACCAUUUCUUCUACCUGUCAAGUCGGUACACGCUGCGCGAGCUGGUCAGCUGCGGCGGCCAUUGCGGGAAACUAUUCCAAUUUGUCUGCUUCGUCACCAAUAGAGUUGUUAGGUUGCUACCACCGUACGCGUACAUGAUUUUCCUGACGGCAGUACUGUCCCGUGUGUCGCGCGACACGCAGCCCCUCACAUUCCCGGAGCAGGACAUCAACUGCGAUGUUAACUGGUGGAGGAAUCUAUUGUACAUCACUUUGUUCUAUCCUCAAGAGAAACAGUGUAUGCAGAUAUCAUGGUACCUGUCCACGGAGACUUAUCUGCACGCGUGCGGCGCGCUGCUGUGCGCGCUGCUGCUGCGGCGGCGGCGCCUCGCGCUGCUGCUGCUCAGCGCCGUGCUGCUGGUCGCUGUCGGAUAUGACGUCACCACUGCCUUCAGGCAUUACCAUAGGAGGUACAGUAAUGUAUUUGAGGCGUACUUCUACAUAAUCGUACGUCCCGCGAGCCGCGCCGCGCCAUACCUGGUGGGACUACUGGCUGUCUUUGUGUAG